AUGGCGUCGGCGCUUUUCUUUCUGGACCUGAAGGGCAAGACCCUUCUGGCCCGCAACUAUCGCGGAGACAUUCCCAUGUCCGCCGUCGAGAAAUUCCCCAUCCUCCUCAGUGACGCCGAAGAAGAAAGUUCCGCCGUGCCGCCGUGCUUCUCCCAUGAAGGAAUCAAUUACCUCUAUAUCCGCCACAGCAACCUUUAUAUCCUCGCCCUGACCAAGAGAAAUACCAAUGCGACCGAAAUACUACUCUUCCUCCACAAGAUCGUGGAGGUCUUCACCGAAUACUUCAAGGUGCUGGAGGAGGAGAGUAUCCGGGAUAACUUUGUCGUUAUCUAUGAAUUGCUGGAUGAGAUGAUGGACUUUGGCUACCCGCAAACGACGGAAAGCAAGAUAUUGCAAGAAUAUAUUACCCAAGAGUCACACAAGCUUGAGGUCCAAGCCCGACCCCCCAUUGCCGUCACCAAUGCCGUCUCCUGGCGAAGUGAAGGUAUCCGCUACCGCAAAAACGAAGUCUUCCUUGAUGUUGUCGAAUCUCUGAACCUCCUCGUGUCCGCGACUGGAAACGUCCUGCGAUCUGAGAUCCUGGGCGCCGUCAAAAUGAAGUGCUACCUGAGUGGAAUGCCGGAGCUGCGCCUGGGACUGAACGACAAGGUCAUGUUUGAGACGACAGGUCGCGCCACAAGAGGGAAGUCUGUGGAGAUGGAGGACGUCAAAUUCCACCAGUGUGUUCGACUUUCUCGAUUUGAAAAUGAUAGAACAAUCAGCUUUAUACCCCCGGAUGGAGAGUUCGAGCUUAUGAGUUACCGGUUGAAUACGCAAGUGAAGCCUUUGAUUUGGGUCGAGUGUUUGGUGGAAUCGCACUCUGGUUCUCGGAUGGAAUACAUGUUAAAGGCCAAAGCACAAUUCAAGCGCCGCAGCACCGCCAACAACGUCGAAAUCCUCGUCCCCGUACCAGAGGACGCAGACUCACCCCGUUUCCGCACCAACAUCGGAACCGUCCACUACGCACCCGAAAAGUCCGCAAUCAUCUGGAAGAUCAAGCAGUUUGGCGGCGGUAAGGAAUUCCUCAUGCGUGCCGAGCUCGGGUUGCCAUCCGUCAAGGGCGACGACGAGCACGGCGGCGGUAUGACCGGUGGCUUUGGAGGUAGCAUGGGCGGUACAGGACAGGGCAAAGCCAAGCGACCCAUCAACGUCAAGUUCGAAAUCCCCUACUUCACCACCUCUGGUAUCCAAGUGCGGUAUCUGAAGAUUACUGAGCCUAAGUUGCAAUACCCCUCUCUCCCCUGGGUUCGAUACAUUACGCAAUCGGGCGAUAUUGCCGUCCGUAUGCCAGAUGUACAAUGA